CACAGAGGCAUGGCAGAAGAAAACCAUUCCACAGUCACUGAGUUCAUCCUCGCUGGCUUAACUGAGAAACCAGAGCUCCAGCUGCCAUUCUUCCUCAUCUUUCUGGGAGUCUACAUCUUCACAGUGGUGGGGAACCUUGGCAUGAUUACCUUGAUUGGGCUCAGUUCUCAUCUGCACACCCCCAUGUACUAUCUCCUCAGCAGUUUGUCCUUCAUUGACCUCUGCCACUCCACUGUCAUCACACCCAAAAUGCUGGUCAACUUUGUGACAGAAAAGAAUGUCAUCUCCUAUCCUGAAUGCAUGACUCAACUCUACUUCUUCCUCGUUUUUGCUAUCUCAGAGUGUUACAUGUUGGCUGCCAUGGCAUAUGAUCGCUAUGUUGCCAUCUGUAGCCCCCUGCUUUACAAUGUCAUCAUGUCUCAUCAGGCAUGUUUUUCCCUGAUUUUAGGGGUGUAUAUAAUGGGUGUGGUUUGUGCAUUGGCUCAUACAGGCUGUAUUCUUAGGGCUCAGUUUUGCAAGUUGAAUGUGAUUAACCACUAUUUUUGUGAUCUUCCUCCCCUCCUAAGACUCUCUUGUUCUAGUACUUACAUCAAUGAACUGUUGAUUCUGUGCUUCGGUACGUUUAACAUCUUUGCCCCAAGCCUCACCAUCCUUACCUCCUACAUCUUCAUCAUAGCCAGUAUCCUCCGCAUCCGCUCUACUGCGGGCAGGUUCAAAGCCUUCAGCACCUGCAGCUCCCACAUCUCAGCAGUUGCUAUCUUCUUUGGUUCUGCUGCAUUCAUGUACCUGCAGCCCUCAUCAGACAGCUUCAUGGAUCAAGGGAAAGUGUCCUCUGUGUUUUACACCAUCAUUGUCCCAAUGUUGAACCCUCUGAUCUACAGCCUGAGGAAUAAGGAUGUCAAUAUUGCUCUGAAGAAAAUCUUAGAGAGAGAAAUAUUCACAUAA